CCGCCGCGUGGAGAGCACGCGUGACGUCGUAACCCAAUUUGUACUACCGUAAAAAAUUCCCGCUUGAGUAUUGGAUGCCGCACUAUUUCUGUCACAGUGACAAAAUUAUAUAUUUAGACGAUAAUUUGUGAGAUAUAAAAAAAUAUAUAUUUGUGUGACAUAGUGAUUGUUUUUUUUUUUUUGUGAAGUGAUGUGAUUUUUGUGUUCGGGAUUUUUUUUAGUUCGCUCCCAUUUUUCGGAAGACUUAUUGUUGCAGGGCAAUCCCGAAUACGCUAUCGGUAUACGCUGGCGAGGCACCAGUGACGGAUUAUUUGUAGGAUUUCCGCUGCUGUAUUUUUCGGUAUUAAUGCUGUAACUUCAUUACCAUCGGUAGCAAACUGUGACAGGAUGUGAAUUGGGAGUCUAUGAAUCUAUGGUAAAUAAUACGCUAGUGCAACGAACUAAAACCUUGGAUAGUGACCAAGAGCGGGCGGCGACUGUUGAAAGCAAAGAGAUUAUUUCGACAGUGGUUCAGAUAAUGACGUCGUAGCAGCAAACUGUGAUGAUAAUACAAUAACUGAAGAUGAACGCCAGAAUGUUACAUGAGACGUUAAGACCAGAGGCAGUGAAAAAGAAAACACUGCAAUUGUAAAACUGAAAUACAAAAGACUGUAUUAUACAUACUAUUGUAAUGAUGAAAGGUAAAACGGUGAAUUUGAAGAUAUUCAGGUGUAAGAAAGUGUGUGGAGUUCGAGUGAGGGAAAUAAAGGAAACGAGAUAAAGGCCGCCACAUAUGGAUCGGACGAACGUAACCAACGUCACGGCCAACGCAACCGGCGAUGACUGGGGUGGUUACAAUGCCACCAGCACCGAUGAAUGGACACACAGCAUUAUGUUUAAGUUCCGAACAUGCAUACUGCUGCUCAUCGUCGUCAUGGCAGUGCUGGGGAAUUUGCUCGUCAUCGUCAGUGUCAUGAGACAUAGAAAACUCCGUGUCAUAACCAACUACUUCGUCGUGUCCCUCGCCUUUGCCGACAUCCUAGUGGCAAUGGUCGUCAUGCCGUUCAACUUUAGCGUCCAAUUCAAUCAGAGAUGGGUCUUCGGCCAGACUAUAUGUGAUUUGUGGAACUCCUCAGAUGUGUAUUUUACGUCGACGUCCAUAUUACAUCUGUGCUGUAUAUCCGUAGACAGAUAUUACGCUAUUGUGAAACCAUUAAAAUAUCCCAUCAAGAUGACUAAAAAGAUGGCAUUCGUCAUGUUAGCGGCAACAUGGCUGAGUCCCAUAACAAUAUCAUACGUCCCAAUAUUCAUGGGAUGGUAUACAACUGCUGAUCAUUUGCAACAUCGAACCGUUGACGAGUGUGAAUUUAAAGUGAACAAGCCAUACGCUGUUAUAUCUAGCUCAAUAUCCUUUUGGAUACCGUGUACGAUAAUGAUAUUCACGUAUUUAGCGAUAUUCAAGGAGGCCAAUCGCCAGGAGAAGGCAUUGCACGCGAGAGCCGGCAACGCUAUGCUGAUGCACAGGCAUUCCAGGGAAGUUGGCGAUAAAAACGGUGCUUUACACUUAAACGCCAACACCCCAACGAAAGAUAGGAAUAUCCUCAAGAUGAAGAGAGAGCACAAAGCAGCCAGGACUUUGGGCAUCAUCAUGGGCGCAUUCAUUCUAUGUUGGUUGCCAUUCUUCCUGUUCUACGUAUCCACAUCGCUCUGCGAUACGUGCAAGUGCCCUGAUGUUGUGACCGUUAUAAUGUUUUGGACUGGUUACUUCAAUUCAGCGUUGAAUCCAAUAAUUUACGCGUACUUCAAUAGAGAUUUUCGUAAUGCGUUCAAGAACACGUUAGCUUGUGCGUUCUGUAGUUUUUGUAGGCGAAGUGCAUCGGAUUUGGACGCUAUGGAAAGGCUCGACAGACGAGGCUCCGCCCAGUUACGGGUUCCCGUACCGUCAAGGAGAGCUUCGGACUUGGCGUCCCUUUGAACCUCGAAGUGUGAAGCGACAUAUGUUUGAGGCCUAGUAUAAUCUCAACGAAGUAUUUUAGGCCAAUAGAAAGAUGUACUUAAUUCUGUUGUGACUGAGUUUUAUAGUAGAUAUGUAAAAAUUGUACAGAUAAUUGGAUUAAAGUGUGGAGUACCAAUUAGAAGAAAACUUGGUCGGUCAGUAAAGCACAAAGUAUGUAAUUAGAUAUAAAUCUAUUUAGAUUUUUAAUCGUUAGGCAACUAAAAUUAAUGUUUCCAAAACAUUUAGUUAGUGUGAAUGUAAUUAAAAUUUUAUGUUAUUACCAAAAUAAAAUAAUUACCAAAAUAAAUUAAAUAAAUAUUUUUAGCAACAAUUUAUUUCUUAACCAAAGAGUUUUGUUGUUUUUCGUUCUUACUGUUAUUGUACGAGUAUAUAAUUAUAGUUAAUACAUAUUUAAUGGAUCAACUAGGUUACGAAAUGAAAUUUUCGGUUUCAGAACAAACCUGUAAUUAUACUAAUAACUCUAUAGUAUAUAUUGAAUAUAUAAUAAAUAAAUUAUUCUCUGUGUAAAAUAAAUUAUUAAGUAUAAUAUUUAUUAUUUUAUUACCACAAGUAUAAUUUUUAUUUUAAACAUAUUAUAAAUAUUAAUAACCAUUUUAUGUAUUAUGGUAUAUAUACUAUAAAACGAAUUGUCUACAAGACUAGAUAAAUCUAGUAUAGAUUUGAUAGAAUAAAAUGUAAAUAUAUAAUUAUAAUAAAUUAUAUAGGUAUAAUUUUAAAAAAUAUUAUAAAAUAAUCUUUGUUAUUUAUAUUACCAAUUUAUUUAAUUAAUGAUAUUUUGUUGUAUAAGAUGCAGACAUAUAAGUUAAAAAUAAAUUAAUCUGUCAUUAACUUAAAUCGAUAAUUUCUCUUAAUUUAAUUUGUACUUCUCUUUAAUCUGGUCGGUUUAUACAUUGACAUGCUCUAAGUCAGGGUCUCCUUUCUAAUUUCUUAAUAGUAUUUUCUUUUGUCGAAUAUUCAUGUAUAGCUAUGGUAUUUUUUUUAAAUUUAGUCUUUAUAUUAAAGAUUACUUCUAUUCUGUUAAAUAAAGAGUUUAUUUAUUAUAUAACUAUUCAGUAACAUAUUUAGGACAUCAUUUGAACAAUGUAUAAACCGACUAAGUUAACAUGCUUAUUAUUUAUGAGAAAACCAAGGUAACAAAGUAACGUAUUACCAUAGUAAUAAUUUUCAUAUUGUACUAAAAAUUUGUGUCCUGUUUUUAUUAUAAUUAUAUAAAUUAUUAAUUGUAUAUUUUAAAUUAAAAUAUGUAAUAAUAAUGUUAGUCCUUCCUAUAAGGCCGAUUUUAUUGUAAGGCCUAAAUAAUUCAGAUGUAUCAUCCCAUUGUAUAGAACAGGCCAAAGUUGCAUUGUAAAUAUUAAAAAAAAAUAUUGUUUUUUAGCUGUAUAAUAUAUUUAUUUAUAUAUAUAUAUAUAUAUAAUAUAAAUAAAUAAUAAUAAAUAUAGACAAUUAAUAAGACACUGAUGUAAGACAUCAGUUAUAAAAUAAUGGAUAUUUUAAAUACUUUUUUAUAAGAUUAAAUAAAUAUUUACGUGAUUAUCAAUCAUCGCCUCAAAAUUAUUUACAAUUUUUUUAAUUGUUUUCAAGAUUAUAUUUAUUUUAUAUUUUUAUUAGUUAUGUUUUUGUUUUCAAUGUAUAUAUUCAUAAAUAGGUCAUCACAAACUAUAUAUAUAUAAGUAUGUAUUUUGUAAAUACUAUAGUUUAGUAUGGUACAGACACUUAGUAAAUAAAUAAUUUCUUUUAAACUUUAAUAGGAAGAUACUAUAAAAUAUGGGGACAAAUAACGCUUCAAUAGAGAAAAAAAAAACAAUUUUUAAAAUAAUUAUUGAUGUGCUACGAUUAAUUAACAAUCCAGUUAGAUUUGGUGUGUCAGUGUUGUGUCGGAAACUGUUUUAAUAUAUAGUCAUAAUAUUAAAAGUACUAACUCGACUAAUUCUUGGGCGUCUUCAAACAUCUUCGAUACUGUCAAGAAGGAUUUUUUGAGCGUCUGUAUAUAUAUAUUUCUCCUAACAAUUGUAUGUCUGAACGUUAAUUUAAAAUAUUAACGUUAAUUUAAAUUAUUAAAAAUAAAACAAAUUUUAACUUUAUGAAAAUAAUGCAAAAAAUGAGUGAAUUUUAAUGUAAAAACUACCGGUUUAACGUAACUGUAAUUAGAUCGAAAAAACUCAACUAGUUUCAGGAUCAGUUCGUGAUCCUUAUUCAUGAGGAGCUGUGAUGCGAGCACGAGCCUGACUACGCGCCUAAUCGAUCUAAUUACACGUAAGUUAAACCGAUAGUUAUUACAUUAAAAUAUAAUGUGUGUUUACGAAAAUUUUAACAAUUAAAUCAUUAUUACAGCCUGUAUCUAUUCACUGCUGGACAUAGACCUACCCCUAUGCCUUCCACCAUAUACGACCCUGCUCUUUUCCCAUUCAUUCAUAACAUCGUUUUGAUUUUUUUCAUAUAUCAUUCGCUCAAAACUCCUUAUUGAUAUAACAUCUCCGUAAAUAGAGAUUCGGUUUAUCAUUUCUUCGCUAAAAAAUAAAUAAAUAAAAUGUUUCUUAUUGGUGUCCAUUUAAAUGUAACAUUAAUUACCAAUAGCUUUAAUAUUUAGCUUUGCAUAAAUACAUUUAAAUUAUUAUAAUCGAUUGAUAAAGAAAAUCUCUAUUUCUUUUUAUCUAACUAAACCUGAAAGAGUUUAUAUUUUACAUAUUUAAAAAAAAACUGGCAUAUGGUUGAUAGUCUAUCAAUCAGUGAUUUAAAUUCAUAUUUUACUCUUCAAAAAUUAGUACUGAAAUUUAAUUUAAUUAUUUAUAUAAGUAUAUAACACGAUUGUGUGUAUAUUUGUUAUUCAUAUUAAAAAAAAAUAAUCCUAUCACGGUAAAAUUCAUAUCGAUAUAUUGAAGUUCACCAAGUGAAUUAUGACUAUUUUAUUAUUAAAAAAAAAAGAAGGUUACAUUUUAGUUGACAAGUUACUAGUGAGAGGAAUGUGCAUAAAUGUUGUAUUACUUAGAUUAUAUAGAUAGAGCAUGUCAAAAACAGUUUGUCAAAAAUAAUUCAACAUUUAGUCAGCAAAUUUGACAUUUGACAGAUUCAACUUGACACUUUUUUUCAGUGUUGCAAGUAAUUAUAUUAAAAAUUUUCCAGACCAGGUCAAGUUUUUACAUUUGAAACGAGAACCACUUUAUAAAUGUACGUACACAUGUAUUGUUUACAAAUUAAUAUAUGUAUAAAAUUUAAAUAGCAGCCAUUUUAAAUUAUUAUUUAAAAUGGCUGCUAUUAAUAAUAUAUCAAUACAGUUAAUAAAGCUACUCUGUUUAUUUUAUUCUUUCAAAUAUAUGUCAUAGAAUUUUGUAUUAUUUUAUUUUUCAAUUUGACCUUACAAUAUAAUUUCUCCCAUAAAUUGAGUAGUAAAUAUGCAUUAUGGUAACCCUAUUCACGCAAACAUGAAUAAAAAAGUUGACCUGUAUUUGAUGAAGCAUUUGUAUGAAGAUACUCUAUCUAUAUAAUGUAAGAUUGUAUAUUUAAUAUGAAAAUAUAAAUAUAUAAUAAAGAACGCUCCGAACUAAAUAUCAUAUUAAUUUUUUAAACGCUUUCAUUAAUCCCACUUAAUCUUUUCCAUGAUAUUGCUAUUGUAAAUUCAAUGUGUCUUCCUUUUGAAUAAGUAAUUUAGGCUCAACUUAAAAUAGUAAAAAAAAAAAAAUACAUAGUUUAGUAUAACGAAUAUGUAGCCAAUUUUUAGUGUCUGACCUAAAUUGGUGUGUGUUUAAAAAUCUCACAUACGGGCUGUAUUAUGUAAAAUGAGUAAUAAUACAUGGUUGUGACUUCUAUAGAUAUUACAACUGACAUACUAACAAUAUUAAUCGUAUCUGAAUGUUUCAUUCUAAUAUUGAACCUUUCUGUUAAGUUUAGACGACUGAAUACCUUUGUUUAGUUUUAGUUACCAUUCAUAUACGUUAAGUUAUAAAAAUAUUUUUUUUCAGAUCCGUCCAAUUAUUGUUUCGCCACUGUUUUUUAUCUCGUUACACUAACUAACAUCGUUUCUAUUGUAUUUUAGAGAAAAUAAAUUAUAUAAUAAUAAAAUUUUAUUUCAAAUUGAAUACCUUGUGAGAAUCUAUUUGAAUAUUACAUCGGGAGUCUGUUCACAGAAUU